UGGAGAUCACGCCAUCGGCCAGCUGACGUUGUACGAGACAGUGUCAUGAUAAUGUAAUCGGAAGUCGAGAAGCCUGAUAUCGAAAGUCGUCUGCUUGCCAGUUGGGCUGCGCAUGCUCGAGAGCUCUGAUCUGAUCAACAGACUGCUCACAAGAACAAUCCGUGCCAGGUGUGCUUCCUAGCGUCCAAGAUGGGUACCAACGGCCCUGUGAGCGAGUACAUCACCUUCCAGGAAUUCCUUGACAAGAAACAGUACACACAGAACUCUGUGCGUCGCUACGAGUGGAUCUUUGGCGAGACUUUCCUCAGCAGUGGAGGCUUACCUACAACACAGGAAAUUGUGCAAAAGAUGCAUAUCAAAGAUGGCGAUCGCAUCCUGGACGUUGGUUGCGGAAUAGGUGGACAUGACUUCUACAUGGCAGAGAACUACGAUGUACAGAUUCUAGCAGUUGAUCUCUCCGUCAACAUGAUGUCCGUUGCUUUGGAACAUUUCUCCAAGCGUCCGCACUUGACCAAGAAAAUCCAAUUCGAAGUCGUGGACGCAACCCAAGUCGAGUACGAAGAAGAAAGCUUCGAUAUUAUCUACAGCAGAGACACUCUCCUGCAUAUUGCCGACAAGAAGAGCCUUUUUCAGAAGUUUCACAGGUGGUUGUCUCCGGGUGGAAAGUUUGUCUUCACGGACUACUGCAGGGGAGACCAGGAGCACAGUGAAGAAUUCAAGACGUACGUUGCGGACAGAGGAUACAAUCUUCUCACCGUUCAACAGUACAACAGCCUCAUGGAUGACACCGGAUUCGUGAAUGUACGAUGUGAGAACUACUCCAAGAGAUUCCUCGAUGUUCUGGUGCAGGAACUGGAGAAACUAAACAAGGAGAAAGAAGACUUUCUCAGUAAAUUUACCACUGACGACUACAAUGAACUGAAGAGCGGAUGGGAAGCAAAGAUCAAGCGAGUUGGUGACGGCGAUCAAGUCUGGUGCUUCGGCUACGGAGAGAAACGUUGAUUUCACUUGCGUACGCUACCCGCUUCUACCGCAUACAUGAUUCCAAACGCUUGUACAAAUACGAAUGCAAUAAAAGUAACGAUGAAAGAUGAAA